AUGCCCCUAUGGAUAUCCAACGAGUACCCAUUCAUGACAGAUAGUGAUAUAGAUGUAAAGUAUAUGUACGGUUGGAACUAUUACAUGCUGAGAUUUAUGGGUGUCUGGCCGAAAGAGAGGAAAUGGUACCGAGCUUACAGUUACCUAGUUCUUUUACCGUGUAUCAUGAUGCUGUGCUUCGUAUGUGCUCCACAAACAAUUAACCUUCCGAUCAUCGCGAGUGACCCUGAUUUGGUGAUCGAGAAUCUAUCGACUAACAUUACCAUCACGCUUUCGCUCAUGAAGACAAUAGUUAUUUGGUUCAAAGGCAAAUCAUUAAGACCUCUGAUAAAGUGCAUGGUCAACGAUUGGGACACAGUGACGAGCGAAGCCGAACGAGAAACAAUGGUGAACAUCGCGAUAAUCACCAGAAAGACUACAAUGAGAAGCACAUUGAUGGUUAACAUCGUAGUUCUCGCUUUUCUGCCUGCACGACUAUCUAAUGUGAGAUACAGCGACAGCGCACUGUUCUUUCGUGGCUAUUUCCCCUACAACACUAGCAUCAGUCCAAAUUUCGAAUUGACGAUGAUCGGUCAAUUCGUCGCUGCUGUUUAUGCAGCGAAUACCUACACAGCUAUAGAUACUUUUGUCGUCCUGUUGAUUUUUCAUGUCUGUGGACAGCUUUCGAAUUUGAGAGACAAUUUACGGAAGAUUCAUUCGUACGAUAAGAAAGAUGUAGAAACGAAGUUGCAGAAAAUUAUUCAGAAGCAUGAAUAUAUUAACAGGUUCGCGGCAACGAUAGAGAAUUGUUUCAACAUGAUGCUUCUGCUUCAAAUGCUGGGUUGCACUAUUCAAAUAUGCUCUCAGUUUUAUCAAGUCAUUAUGUCAUUUGAAGAGGAAGCAAUGGAAUACAUGAUCUUCCAAAUUACGUUUCUGUUGUUAUACGUAGUUUACGUGAUGUUGCAAUUGUUUCUAUAUUGUUACAUGGGAGAAAAACUAGCAGCCGAGAGUACGGAAAUAGCUAACACGGCGUACUAUGCCGAAUGGUACAAUUUGCCUCCCAAGAGUGCAAGAUGGCUUGUAAUUAUUAUGUGCCGUGCCAGAUCUUCACCGUUACAAAUUACAGCAGGCAGAUUUUAUUGGUUUACUCUAGCGCUAUAUUCUCAGGUAAGUGUAAACGAGUAUAGAGAUGUAGAUUUAAACAAUUUGUACGCUUGGAAUUACAACCUACUGAAGUUUAUGGGUAUCUGGCCGGAAGAGAGGAAAUGGAACCGAUCUUCCAGUUACCUUGUUCUAUUACCGUGUACCAUAAUGCUGUGCUUCGCAUGUGCUCCACAAACAAUUAACCUUCCGAUGAUCGCCGGUGACUCUGAUCUGGUGAUCGAGAAUCUAUCCAUUAAUAUUACCGUCAUGGUUUCCCUUAUAAAGACUCUGACUGUUUGGAUCAACGGCAUACCGUUAAAGUCUCUGCUAGGAUAUAUGGCCAAUGACUGGGACGCAGUGACGAAUAAUAUCGAACGAGAAACAAUGGUGAACACCGCGAGGAUCACUAGAAAAAUUACAAUAGGAAGCACAUUGAUGGUUAACGUCGUAAUUAUCGCUUUUGUGCCUGCACGAUUGUCUAGCAUGAAAAAUAACGGCAUUACGCUAUUCCUUCGUGGCUAUUACCCGUACAACACCAGCAUCAGUCCAAAUUUCGAAUUGACGAUGAUCGGUCAAUAUGUGGCUGGCAUUUAUGCAGCGAAUACGUACACAACUNAAAUAAAGAUGCAGAAGAUUGUCGAAAAGCAUGAAUAUAUAAGUAGGUUCGCGGGGAGGAUUGAGAAUUCCUUUAACAUGAUGCUUCUGUUUCAAAUGCUGAGUUGCACCAUUCAGAUAUGUUCUCAGUUUUACCAAGUUAUUAUGUCGUUAGGAGAGAAUACAAUGGAACACAUGAUUUUUCAAAUUUCGUUCCUGUUAGUAUUCGUAGCUUACGUGAUGUUGCAACUGUUCCUAUAUUGUUACAUGGGAGAAAAACUAGCAGCCGAGAGUACAGAAAUAGCUAACAUAGCCUACAGUACAAAAUGGUACAAUUUACCUCCCAAGAAUGCAAGAUGGCUUGUAAUUAUCAUGUGCCGUGCCACGUCUUCACCCUUACAAAUUACAGCAGGCAAAUUUUGUUCCUUUACUUUUGCGCUUUACUGUCAGGUCCUAAAAACCUCGAUGGGGUAUGUUUCUGUUUUAUAUGCAAUGAAAAAUAAAUAAUAGACGGUCCGAUACAUCUGUGUAUUUUACAACCGUCCAUCAGCUUGAUUAAAGAAGUGUUACGAAAAGAAUAUUUUAGUAUACUUCUCUAAAUGAUAAAUUAUAUCUCAAAGUAAUGAGAAUUAAAAUGGCGAGACAAAAAAUUAGACACUGUGUAAAGUAAUAAAAUUAUUAAUUAUUAAAGAGAUUCCUCGAGACCACGAGUGCUUCUCAGGAAACCUUGAAAAUAUCAUUUUUCCCUCUUUUCGCAGAUCGACAUUUUUCCCAUCACAACUGUUGAGAACAAAGAAAAAUUGGUCACUGUUUGCUUUGACGCGUACACAUAAAAAAUGAGCUGGCUUGUCGAUUUGCUGGCAAAACAAUGUACGUAUGUAUAGUUUAGUGAAACUUGGUACAAUUCUUCCUGGAUCCUACACCAACGAAUUUAUGAUCCUAUUCGGUAUAUAUAUACUUGUAAUGCAUAAAUGCUUUUGCUGUACCCAUUUUAUACCAAACUAGUAACACACAUAUCAGCGAAGGUUUACAGAAAGUAUGUGGUUUGCUGUGACAGCAGUCAGGUGAGUACACAAGUUAGGGGAAGGUUCUUCGCGUCAUUCGCAUCCCCUGUGCUUGGUUUAUAAAUUCGUGCGUCGAUGCAACGCAGUGAGUCACGCGUCUGAUACGGGGACAUGAUUUUCUGUGUCUUCAGGUCAGACCAGUAGUACGCGUAGCAGCAUUUAUGAAGAGUAUAAGGGCAGGUUUUUUCAGUGGGUUGACAUUAGCAUUUAGCAGUUCCACA